AUGCCAUACGAUCUCAAAGGCCGUCGCGUGCUCGUGUGCGCAGGUAGUCGCGGCCUGGGCGCUUUGAUUUGCGAAAAGUUCGCCGCCGAGGGCUGCCACGUUAUGGUCAACUACCACUCGCGAGAAGACCGGGCGAGAGAGGUCGUAGAGAAAGUGCGUGCAUGCGGCGUACAAGCAUUCGCUAUUCACGGGCAAUCUCAUUCUCCCCUUUCAAUUGUCAUCCAGGACGCCGAACUGCCUGAAGACAAUGAUCGACUCGUCCGCGAAACUGUCGAAAAACUCGGUGGCCUUGAUAUCAUCAUUGCCAAUGCUGGAUGGACGAAAUUUUCCGACUGGAAGGACCUCCAUGCCCUAAGUCACGAUGAGUGGAAUAAGGUGAACAGACCCUCUUCCCCCUCGACGUUAUCCUGUCGCGCCGUGCCACCCACGCCGUACCCGACCAGAUACGUUGACUGUUGA